AUGUCCCGGUGUUACGCCUUGAUGAAAUGUUUGCUGAUAUUCUUCAACAUUAUUUUCUUGCUGGUUGGCCUCGGUGCGUGCUCGUUCGCCGGCUGGGCGCUGUGGGAGGGGGCGGGCGGCGGCGGCGCGGGGCGGGCGGGGCUCAGCUGCGUGGCGGCGUGGGGGGCGGUGCUGGCGCUAGGCGCGGCGGGCACCCUGCGCGGCGUGGGGGGCGAGGGGGGCGCGGGCAGCGUUUGCGCGCUGCGCGUGGGCCUGGCGCUCCUGGCGCUCGCGUGCGCGGCGGAGGCUGCGGCGGCGGCCUGGGGCGCCGCGCACGCGCCCCAGCUGAGGCACGCGCUGCGCGACCGCCUCCGGGACACGGUCGCCCACGACUACGGGCUGGUGCACUCGCGCACGCACAUGCUGGACGCAAUACAACACGGGUUGUCUCUAUCCAUCCUGUCAGAGGAGACGCAGUCGAGUGACGUGCGUGGCUGGUUUCCGCAGCUGCAGUGCUGCGGCGCGGAGAGCGUCCGCGACUGGCAGCAGUCAGCGUGGGCGGGCGGCGAGCGGCGUGCCGCCCUCGACCUCUCGGUCAGCGCGCCCGCCGCCUACUACUGGGUGCCGGCCUCGUGCUGCGCGACCGAGGAGGCGUGGGAGUGCGAGGCGGCGCGGCGCGUAGCGGCCGCCUCGCGCGGCGCCGCCGGCCUCUACGAGGCGGGGUGCGGCGCGCGGGUGCUCGCCGCGCUCGAGAGGGGCGCCCGCGCGCCCCUCGCCGCCGCGGCCGCUCUACUCGCCGCGCACGUGCUCGCCCUCCUGCUCGCACUCGCGCUCGCGGCCAAGCCCCGCCCCCGCGCCGGCUACAAGGCG